AUGGAGCAAGACGAGCGAGAUGAGGAAGAGGAGGCACACGGGAAACAAAGACUGUUUUCCACGCCACCUGAAGCUAUCUUCCAUCUUUGUCAGGUGGCUGUGCGGGUGGCGGCACUGGAAGCCGAGCUUCGGGAGCUCCGCGUGGCAGCGCGGGCGCCGGAGAAGGAGAGCGAGUUGUUGCAUCUCCGCGAGGAGGUGGCAGCUCUUCGAGAGAAGCCGUCCGGUGAGUACCAGGAGACGGCAGCCGGGCCCGAGGCAGCGGUGACGACAGAGGCGGUGGCCAUCGGCACCCUCCUCGCGCGACUGCUCGGCGCUGCCCUCCGCCUGCGCGGCGCCCUCCUCGGCACCCUCCUCGGCGCCCUCCGCGGCGCCCUCCGCGGCGCCCUCCGCGGCGCCCUCCGCGGCGCCCUCCUCCACGUCCUCGGCGCCCUGCCCCCGUCGAGCGCCACCGCCGCCCAAGGCGACUUAGAGCUGAUGGCUGAGGGAUCAAUCCAGGAAGUGCGUUGUGCAGCGCAGCGCUUCUUGAGUCUCUUUUUCCUGAGGUUGGAACUGAGCCGAAUUUUGUUGAACGAGAGACGCAGAGGAAGCACUUUCGAUGCAAAAGCAGCAGCUUGGGACACGCCCCAGAAGCUGCAGCGAGUGGCUUGGGUUGCCAACCAGAUCCGGCAACGUCCGUGGUUCCGCUCUGGACGCUUGUUAUCCUUCGAACUCCAAGAGAAUUGCAGCCACAUCACAGGGCUGGAUUCAUCCUCGGGAAUGCUCGAGGUGAUGCAGGAGAAGAUCAGCGCAUCUGGCCUCAGCUCCAGGAUGGUGGCUACGCGAGGGCCUUUGACCAUCCUGGGGCACUUCGACACCAUUGUCAGCCUCCUUUGCAUCCAUCACAUCCGUGACUGUGAAGCUCAGCUCCGUGAUCUGGCGCGACACCUGUCAACCGAUGGCCGGCUCAUCGUCGUCGACUUCGAGGCCACUGAGAAUGCACGGCUUUUCCACAAGAAGUCCGAAGCCAGGGGCCAUCACUACGAGCAUGAUGGUCUGGAAGCAGCUGCCCUGCAUGGGUGGCUGGUGGCUGCAGGGCUGCAGCACGUCGAGGUGCACCGAGAGCCCUUCACGAAAGCCCGGGCAGAAGGCUGGGAGGGUGCUGGGCACAUGGAGACCUUCCAGAUGUUGAUCGCUUCGGGAUCGCGCGGGGACGAGUGA